AUGGAACAAUUGAAAAAAGAAUCUAUUUUAAAAACAUAUGAAGCAUUCUUUGAAUGUCCUACAGAAUCAAUAUUUUCAGAUAAUUGCGUUUUAACAUAUGUAACAACGUGUAUAAGUUUUUCUGGGAAUAGAAAUAUUUUAUUGCAACUUACAGAAUAUCAAAAUCAAAUUAAAUCAAAAGAAGAAACAAUUAACUUACAUAUUACAGAAAAAGGCCUUGUUUCUGAAGUAUUUUCAGAAAUACAAUUUGUUAAUGGCCCAGCAUGGCUUGUUCCUGGCCUUGAUGACAAUUUCUUUAUUGAUCGAAAAAUUCAUCUUCCAUUUAUAUAUAUCAUGGAGAUGGAUGAAGAUAAGAAGAUCUCAAAUAUUCGUGUUUUUUGGGAUCAAUCAGUAGUUCUUAAGGAACUCGAAAUAAUUAGUAGUCAUAGACAAACUUGGCCCAUUAAAACAGGGAAGGAACAAUGUUAUUAUAUAAGAAACAAGGGUACCAAUGAUAUUUUAAUAUGUUGUUUAAACUUAUCUUUUAUAGAAAACAAUAGUAAUUUACCGAGUUCUAAAGAAAAUCAGCAAAAUCCCUCAAAAAGAUUAUUAAUUUUCGAAUCUUAUGAAGAGCCUCCUAGAGAAUUCCAUCAAGUUCCUGUUCGACCUCGUUCAUCAGCUAAACCUUCUCUGCGUCCUUAUGAAGACCUUUUUGUUACAAAAGGUACGCCUACUCCUGUCAAGCUUUGUAAAGAGGGCCAGAAAAAUCAUACUGUCAUGUCGAAAAUUGAAGAUAUUAUGUCAGAGGAGUCUAGCUUUCAACAAAAAGAUAAUUUUAUUACAAAAAAAGAUCCAAAAUACACACAUUUCGAGUUUAGUACACCAACCGAAAAAGAACUUGAAGAAGAAAGAAGAGCUAUUUUAGCUAAAGCAAAAAAAGGCGCAGCUUUACGUUGUAUGAUAAAUAAUUGGGAUGAAAAUGAGCAAACGCCUGUUCAUAAACCUAUGCAAAGUAUUUCUAAUCAAACAUUGGAAGAUAUAGAACCAAGUCAGAAAAUGCCUAUUUUAUCAAAUAAUAGAUUUCAGAGAACAGAUCAAACUCAUUUUUCAUUUUCCGAUGAUAGUCCUGUUCAAAAAACAUCUAAUAUAGUACAGAAUAGGAAAUAUACUCUGCAAUAUUCUAUAUUUGAUUAUCAAUCUUCAGAAGAAAUUGAAAAGCAAAGCACAAAUAUUAAAAAAACUGAUACUAUUACUAGAUUAGAACGAGAUAUCACUGCAAAAUGGUCCUUUGGUGAUGAAUAA